AUCACCAGGCGCCGGGCCCUCCCUCCCGCCCCCCCUUUCUCCUCCCUCCUUCCUUCCCUCCCUUCCUCCUACUCUCCCUCCCUCCCAGCUCCUGCACCAGGAAACGGCCUGGAUCCCGGCAGCCAGCGGCCUGACCCGGCUCCACGCAGGCCAGGAGGAUGAAAGGCCCCAGCUGGGGGCUCCUUGCCACCAGUGCUGGGUCCUAAGAGCUGCCAUCCAGGCUGGCCGCCCGGAUGGCGACCCCAGCCUCGGCCCCAGACACACGGGCUCUGGUGGCAGACUUUGUAGGCUACAAGCUGAGGCAGAAGGGUUAUGUUUGUGGAGCGGGUCCCGGAGAGGGCCCAGCAGCUGACCCGCUGCACCAAGCCAUGCGGGCAGCUGGAGAUGAGUUCGAGACCCGUUUCCGUCGCACCUUCUCUGAUCUGGCGGCUCAGCUGCAUGUGACCCCGGGCUCAGCCCAGCAACGCUUCACCCAGGUCUCUGAUGAACUCUUCCAAGGGGGCCCCAACUGGGGUCGCCUUGUGGCCUUCUUUGUCUUUGGAGCUGCUCUGUGUGCUGAGAGUGUCAACAAGGAGAUGGAGCCACUUGUGGGACAAGUACAGGAGUGGAUGGUGGCCUACCUGGAGACGCGGCUGGCCGACUGGAUCCACAGUAGUGGGGGCUGGGCGGAGUUCACAGCUCUAUACGGGGACGGGGCCCUGGAGGAGGCUCGACGCCUGCGGGAGGGGAACUGGGCCUCAGUGAGGACAGUGCUGACGGGGGCCGUGGCACUAGGGGCCUUGGUAACUGUAGGAGCAUUUUUUGCUAGCAAGUGAGAAAGUCCAGGGCCAAGUGGGGCUAGGUGUGCCGGGGGACAGGAGAGCAGGACAGAACAGAGAAUGCCCUUGAAAGAAGUGGGGUGAAGGGAUGGGCAUGGAACUAGGAUGGGAAGGGGCAGGGUAGUGUGUGAGGGGACUGAGUGUGCCAGGCAGGCAGUUGGAAGAGUGAACUGGAGACCUUGGGGAAUGUAUUGGGAAAGUCAGGGGCCAGGAGAUGGAGUCAUUCCAGGGGGAGGGGGAGGUGGGAGGGAUCAUGCCUGUAGGUGUAGGCACAGGAAACUAGCUGGAGCUCAGUUUGCAGCCCCGAGGAAGGUGGACUUGCAUAAGGGGCUGGCACCUCCAUUGGAUGAGUGGGAUUUGGGGAGAACACGGAAGGCACGUCCCUUUGAAUGGAAGCUCAGAUUCUCAGGUGAUAGGGAGAGGCGGCUGUGACAGGGGGCUGCUUGGACAUGCGUGUGCAUGUGCAUGCUGGGCUGCUUGUCUAAUCUGGUGGUAGUGGGAUUCUUUAAAGAGAAAACAUUCCCUCUUGCAGUGGCAAGAAAAGGGGCAGUUCUCUGCCCCCCUCUCAAUCCCCCCCUCCCUCCUUCCCUUGUCCUGUUGCCUCAAGGCUGAGGGAGAAACACUGUAUACAGAUGAAGGCUUCGGUCACUUCUCUGCAGAAAGUCGUUAGCAGGGCUUUGGAGAGAAGUGCAGUUCUACAGCCGGCCUUGUUCCUUCACGGUCCCCCUUCCUCGUGCAUCAUGCACUUGCUGCUGCCUCCUGGGCUCUGACAGAAAGGCAGGGCUGCGGAGCCUGCAGUGGGUAGAGGCUUUGGUAGCUGGACCUGCCUGCCGCCUUCCUCUCCCACUGGGGUACACUGGUGCCUAAAGUGUCCCCUAUCUCUGGGACCUUAUGUUCCCAAACUUAAACUCUAAAUUGGGGCUCUAAUUAAUUUUCCUUCUGAGUGUAGAUGUACACGCUGAUCUAGAAUACAGUCUGGGUCCUGCACUAUGUCUCAGUGAGACUGCUGAUGCCUUGAGAGGAACAUUCCAGCUCUGAAACCCAUGGGUGUGAGGGUGAUGUGUACUCCGUGCCUGGCCUGUUCCGUGUGGUGGGCUUUGGUGCUGCUUUAUCAAGGGCCAGGUGUAUGGGUUCUAGAGCACCUACCAUGAUCUGGAAGCAUUUAUAUUUUCUUUGAAGCCACGCUAUUUGCAUGGGUGUUGUCUGUACCUCAGAGUCUGCGAAUGUUAACUUUAGAGCUCACAGCCCUCUAGAACAGAUUCAGACUAUAGCUUUUUCUUUUGAGAAAGAAAUGAUUUCACUCCAAAUGCAUGCCCUGAGCCAGACCUCACUGCUGCACUUUCUAAGGUGCUAAAAUUGCUGCUCUCCGAUGCUGACUUCUCCAUACACAGUGCUCUAGAACCCUGCCCUUGAUCCUGAGCACUGAUCAGCUUAGCUAGACCAUGGUUAACUCUUGGAGAUUUUUCACUUGGUCCCAGAAGGUGGCAACCUAGUUGUACUCACUAGAAUGUGGGACCAAAAUUGGCCUCAGGUGGUUAGCCCAAACUUUUAUGCUUGAGAGAGGGCUGCACUUUUUAAUGGUAUUUAUGGGGGAGGUGGUAGGCUGCAUGUGCCACUUGGCGUGUCAUGAGUAUGCUGAUGCUAGAAACUCAGAGCGGCUCUGUGGCAGGCCACUGGGGUGGGGGUGGGGGUGGGUCUCUGACUUGCUCAGGACAAACUAGGCCAGUGGUUUUCAAACUGCUUGGCAGAGCCCCAACAUUUCCUAGGGGUUGCCUCAGGAGUCCUUGGGGAAGAUGAAGGUGAAAGGGGAGGGUGGCACACUGAGCAGGCUGGGCUACUUGCCCUCAAACAGAACAGCUCUCCUUGUAGUUGUCUUACACGUCGGGGUUCAGGGUAAGAUUUUAUUUGCAUUAAGGGGUUUGCUGCUGAAAAAAAGUUAGAAAACCACUGACUAGACCAUCGGCUCCAAAUUGGAGCCUGUGCUCCCCCAGAUUUGGGGCAGACUCGUCACCCUACCCUCUACUACAGGGUGCCUUUCCAUGUUAGCUCUUCUGGGGGGCCUUUAGCAAACAGGGGCAGUGGGGACCAUGGUAACUGAGAUGCCCUACUCUGAGGCCUUCACACCUGGGUGGAAGGAGAGGCUGUAUUCUGAAAGUGUAAGGGGGCUGGUAUGGAUUCCUAGAAGCAUAGCUUGGGUGGGACCACAGUGAGCUGUUUUGAACUAUCUUGCCCUUCUUGAUGGGCAAUGGAAACCCCAGAGAAUCUUCUGUCAGGGAAAAGUAGAGACUCUUCUAGAGCCAUAGAGUUCCUUGGGAUUAGUUCUUGGCCAGGAAGCCUGAGUAUGGCUCCCAAUUUUUAAACCCAUUCCUUUUUUUUUUUUUUUUAAAUAAGGGAAAUAAAUCUAAUUGCUAUUUUUCAGAGAUUAAAUAGGCGGAGAGGGUGUUUCCUUCUCUCCAGAGCCCAAAGGGACAAAUAGGGACUGCUUAGGCCAAGGAAGGAGCAGAAGUAGAGCAACUGGGUCCUGCGAUUAUUAAGCCCACUCCCCACUUAUUCUAGGGCAUACACUAUUUUACUUUUUUAAAUCAUAAAAUGGCAGGAGAAAGAUUUGGUUAGUUUAGAAGAAAAGAAAAAGCUCUAUAAAUAUAAAUAUAUAUUCCUGUAUUUUUAUUUAAUAAUUUAUAAAUACCAAGUUCGUUUGACUUUUAUUUUUGUGUAAUAUGUAAUGGUCGUAUUAAAAAUAAAUAAAUAAAGCCCAGAAGUUUAAUGAGAAGGACUGAUCAGGGUUUGUGACUUCUACACUGU